AUGCGCCAAGCCCAUUCGAGCUUCAUCCAUGCAGCCAAGACGAAGAUCCCUCAGGGGUGCUAUGUGCCGGGCACGCGGGGAUUGGUCUCCACCGCCGGCGGUUUCUAUCUGCCAGUGUUGGUUAUUUCUUUGCGCAUGCUCAGGCGGUCUGGGUCGGACCUGCCAAUGGAAGUCUUUCUCGCAUCGCCGGACGAGUACGAGCCGCAUAUAUGUGAUAAUGUGCUUCCUAAGCUCAAUGCUCGCUGUAUCGUUUUAUCCGAAAUACUCGACAAAGCACCUAAUGCGCAGGAGAUCAAGCACUAUCAGUUUAAGAUUUUCGCAUUGAUCUUUUCCUCCUUUGAGGAAGUUGUCUUCCUCGACGCGGACGCCUUCCCCUUGUACGACCCGGAACUCCUACUUACCUCGGAACCCUUCACAAAAACUGGUUACGUUCUCUGGCCGGAUUAUUGGGUCUCGACUGCCUCUCCGCUGUACUACAACAUCUCCGCGCAGGUGGCGCCGCCGGUCACGCUGCGCCAGUCCUCGGAGACCGGAGAAUUGCUCGUGUCCAAAUCGCAGCAUCACUUUUCGCUCAUGUUGGCGACUUACUAUAAUUAUUAUGGCCCCAGCCACUAUUACCCCCUUCUUGGCCAAGGCAGUCCUGGAGAAGGCGACAAAGAUACGUUCAUUGCAGCUGCCAGUGCACUUGGCGAGCCGUUUUAUCAAACGAGUGAACGUGUGAAGCCCAUCGGCCAUCGCAAGGCUGACGGCGGUCUCGGAGGCUCGGCCAUGGUGCAGUUCGACCCAAUGCAGGACUAUAAUCUCACGAGCAAGGGUCUGUGGCGGGUCAAAGAUGAGAAAGUAGCUCCAAUGCCGCGUCCGUUCUUUAUACAUGCCCACUAUCCGAAGUUCAACCCAGCGACCAUUUUCGAUCCCAGCGAAGUCGACCCCACUCGUGGUCCUAAUGGUGAAUUUUCCCGCGCAUGGCUUCUCCCGGAGGACAUCAUCGAUUCAUUCGGCUAUGACGUUGAGAAGAGCUUCUGGGAAGAGAUCAAGUGGACUGCCUGCGAAUUAGAGUCCAGCUUCCGCACAUGGACUGGAAAAACUAGAGUCUGUGAGCGUGUCAAAUUUUACUGGGAAAGCAUAUUCGAGCCAAAGAGCUGA